AUGGCCCGGUUCGGCUUGCCCGCGCUUCUCUGCACCCUGGCCGUGCUCUGCGCCGCGCUGCUGGCUGCCGAGCCCAAGUCGAAAAGUUGCUCGGAAGUGCGACGGCUCUACGUGUCCAAAGGCUUCAACAAGAACGAUGCCCCCACGCACGAGAUCAACGGUGAUCAUUUGAAGAUCUGUCCUCAGGGUUAUACCUGCUGCUCUCAGGAGAUGGAGGAGAAGUACAGCCUGCAAAGUAAAGACGAUUUCAAAAGUGUGGUCAGCGAACAGUGCAAUCAUUUGCAAGCCGUCUUUGCUUCCCGUUACAAGAAGUUUGAUGAAUUCUUCAAAGAACUGCUGGAAAAUGCAGAGAAAUCCCUGAAUGACAUGUUUGUGAAGACAUAUGGCCGCUUAUACAUGCAGAAUUCUGAGCUAUUUAAAGAUCUCUUCGGAGAGCUGAAGCGCUACUAUGUGGCAGGAAGCGUCAACCUGGAGGAAAUGCUAAGUGACUUCUGGGCUCGCCUUCUGGAGCGGAUGUUCCGCCUGGUGAACUCCCAGUACCACUUUACAGAUGAGUAUCUGGAAUGUGUGAGCAAGUACACCGAGCAGCUGAAGCCCUUUGGAGAUGUCCCUCGGAAACUGAAGUUGCAGGUCACUCGUGCGUUCGUAGCAGCCCGUACUUUUGCUCAAGGCUUGGCAGUCGCGAGAGAUGUAGUGAGCAAAGUGUCCGUGGUGAACCCCACCGCGCAGUGUACCCACGCCCUGUUGAAGAUGAUCUACUGCUCUCACUGCCAGGGUCUCGUGACUGUGAAGCCGUGUUACAACUACUGCUCAAACAUUAUGAGAGGCUGUUUGGCCCACCAAGGAGAUCUUGAUUUUGAGUGGAACAAUUUCAUAGAUGCGAUGCUGAUGGUGGCAGAGAGGCUUGAGGGUCCUUUCAACAUCGAAUCCGUCAUGGACCCCAUCGACGUGAAGAUCUCUGAUGCUAUUAUGAAUAUGCAAGAGAACAGCGUGCAAGUAUCCCAGAAGGUUUUCCAGGGAUGUGGACCUCCCAAGCCCCUCCCGGCCGGCCGGAUUUCCCGUUCCAUCUCUGAAGGUGCCUUCAGCGCUCGCUUCCGACCGUAUCACCCUGAGGAACGCCCCACCACAGCAGCCGGCACUAGUUUGGACCGACUGGUUACCGAUGUCAAGGAGAAGCUGAAAGAAGCCAAAAAGUUCUGGUCCUCUCUGCCCAGCACCGUCUGCAAUGACGAGAGGAUGGCCGCUGGGAAUGGCAACGAGGACGGCUGCUGGAACGGGAAAGGCAAGAGCAGAUACCUGUUCGCAGUGACGGGGAAUGGGUUAGCCAACCAGGGCAAUAACCCAGAGGUCCAGGUCGACACCAGCAAAGCGGACAUGCUGAUCCUUCGCCAGAUCAUGGCUCUUCGGGUCAUGACCAGCAAAAUGAAGAACGCGUACAACGGGAAUGACGUGGACUUCUUUGAUAUCAGUGAUGAGAGCAGCGGAGAGGGAAGCGGCAGUGGCUGUGAGUAUCAGCAGUGCCCUUCGGAGCUGGAGUACAACGCCACCGACCACUCUGGGAAGAGCGCCGGGGAUAAAGCCGGCGGCGCUGGUGCCCGCGCUGGGGCGCAGCCUUACCUCCUCACUGUCUCCUGCAUCUUGUUCCUGGUUAUGCAGAGAGAGUGGAGAUAAUUCUUAAUUGUAGAGAAAACGUUUCCGUCAGAAAGUUACAAAGGCACCGGUUAUCACUUUUAUACCAUCCUAGUGACUUUGCUUUUUAAAUGAAUGGACAACGAUGUACAGUUUUUACUAUGUGGCCACUGGUUUAAAAAAGGCUGACUUUGUGUUUUCCUUCAGUUUUGCGGGGACAAGGGACUUGCGUGUAAGGUCGGUUCCUGCUCCUCUGGAGUCAUGUUAAACGUGGCUAACGGUGUAGGUACAGAACUGUAGUUAGUUGUGCAUUUGUGAUUUUAUCACUCUCUCGUUUGUUUGUUGUUGUUGUUUUUUUUCCCCUUUUUGUUUGUGGGUUUUUUUCCCCCUUCGAUUAUGAUCUCACCUUGUUUCUUACAAGAAAACCAGGGUCCUUUCUUGGCAUGUAACAUGUACGUAUUUCUGAAAUAUUAAAUAGCUGUACAGAA